AAAAGAGCAGUUCAUGCCUCAACCAAGCAGAUCAUACUGCAAGCGAAGAGGAGAGAGAGAGAGAGAGAGAGAGAGAGAGAGGCGAGUUAGUCUUUGAGACAAGAUGAGCCCUGUAGCAGCAUAUAAUUAGUCAACAGGGAGAAGCGAGAGAUCAUGAGAGGGAACCUGUCCAAUCGCUUUGUAGUAAAAACAGGGCAGCCGGCUCUCGCAACGUGAGUGAUCUUGUAGAUUCCUCUGCGCAAGGUAGCGAGCGAGAGAGAGAGCGAGAGAGCGCAGCAAACAGCACCUGCUCAAUCACUCACUCGCACUUAUUUUCUUUCUCCACCUCACACCUCCGAGGGCGACGAACGACAGGCUCAGGCCUGGCCCUCCGCCGCCCUUCCGCGGCCGACGCGAAAAGGAAGGCUUUUUAGAUCUGAAACAGUGCAGAGGGACGGAGGACGAGUGAAAGGUAAGGCCUUGACGAGGGGGGAGGGAUGACGUCCGGCGGAGGGCGGCUGCCCACCUGGAAGGAAAGGGAGAACAACAAGCGCCGGGAACGGAGGCGGAGGGCGAUCGCCGCCAAGAUCUUCACCGGCCUGCGGGCGCUCGGCAACUACAAGCUCCCCAAGCACUGCGACAACAACGAGGUCCUCAAGGCCCUCUGCCGCGAGGCCGGCUGGAUCGUCGAAGACGACGGCACAACAUACCGCAAGGGAUGCAGGCCACCUGCACCACCAACCGAGGCUGCUUCCGGCGGGCCGUCGGCGAACAUAAGCCCGUGCUCCUCGCACCUUCUGAGCCCUCUAUCGUCUUCAUUCCCGAGUCCUGUCCCUUCUUACCAUGCCAGUCCUUCGUCGUCCUCCUUCCCGAGUCCCAGCCGCCUCGAAAGCUCUAAAAACCAGAGUGUCAAUCCUGCUUGUCUUCUCCCUUUCCUCCGCAAUUUAUCCGGCCUUCCACCGCUCCGCAUCUCAAACAGCGCGCCGGUCACUCCGCCUCUGUCCUCCCCGACGGCAUCCCGCCCACCGAAAACUCGGAGACUCGAAUGGGACAGCCAUGCAUUCCCACAUUCUCUGUUCGCUGCCUCUGCCCCUGCUAGUCCUACGCGCGGCCGCCAUCACUGGCAGCCUGCGACCAUACCUGAAUGUGAUGAAUCCGAUGUCUCGACUGUCGGAUCUGGUCGCUGGAUCAACUUUCAGAUGACGGCCCCAGCAUCCCCGACCUACAAUCUCGUCAACUCGGGCGCCACUUCCGCGAAGAACGCAGAGUAUUCGCCAGGAGGAGAGGUGUUAGAGAGAGCGAGAGCUGGGACGGAGUUCGAGUUCGAGAAUGGUACGGUUAAGCCUUGGGAGGGGGAGAGAAUUCAUGACGUCGGAGUGGAAGACCUCGAGCUCACCCUGGGAGUGGGGACUGUGGCAUCAAAGUGAAAGAUCUUCAUGCAAUGAUUUACUGAGCUGUCGUACGGCAUACAUGCCCGGUUUCUUUUAAAUUAGUAUUUUGAAUUGUUGUAAUACUGAAUCUUGCUUGACCAGUUCAUCGCAAACAGCUUCAGCUCUAAGAAUUAAUGGAAGGAAUUGCUUAGGGUUUUAGAAUGUAUUAAUUGCCUGAGAGCUAUGGAUCUUAUCCACUGUCUCCAGAUCAGGCUAUGUUUGUAGGAUGUUGAAGGGCCACCUUCAUUUGGCGUUAAUGGUGCUUCCAUGUUGCAGUCAUUCA